AUGAAGAAAGCAAUAAUAAUAUCAAUUUUACUCCAAUUACUAAACUUGGUCAAAUCAACACACAUAGAAGAAGAAUUAAUCUGCCCCAACCCACAAAAUCCACAAGAUUGUUACCCAAAAUUAUUUGAAGCAACAUCAAACUGGCAAGAAAUCAAACAAGGUCAAGAAAUUCCUCCUGGUUUACACGUAAGAUUAAAUAUGGAUACUUUGAAAAAAGAAGCUAAACUCAUGUCACCCGAAGAUGAAACGGAGCCACAAAAUGAAUUAAUUGUUGGCGAAACAGAAGAACAAGAGCAAGAACCUCAACAAGAGUCACAACCGGAUCAAAAAAUACUAGAUUUAACCAACGAAUUACUCAAACACAAAUCUGGUCAUAAAUCAAGAGUCAAACCUGAAGACAUGUCUGAAUUUGACUCAGCUAUAUAUGAAGUUGAAGAAUAUAACCACUCAAAUACCGAAGAUCAAAAACUUGUUACUGCAUUAGAUACUUUGGAAGAAUUAUGUCAUGAUAUAGAAUUAGGUGUUAAAAUCACUUCUAAUCAUCAACUCAUUGCAAAAUUAUUAUCUAUAGCUUCAACAACAUCCAAUUCCGAAAUUUCUGAAAAAUCUUAUAAUAUUAUUGCAUCUUCAUUACGAAAUAAUCCAGAAGCCGUUUUAAGUAUCCUCCAUUCAGAACCAAAUAUCUUAGAUGAGUUAUUCUCAGCAAUUGCUUCAACUACAAAUGAUACAAUCCAGAAGAGAAUUUUAGGCAUAAUUCAAGCAUUAAUCCAAAACGACAACUUCAAGUCAAAAUUCUCUAAUCUCAAUGACAAAAAUUCAGGUAUAAGCAAAUUAAUCAACUUAUUUCUUCAAUUAGGUAAAUCAUCACAAUCAAGAUGUAUAAACAUCAUUAACGACUUAAACCUAAUCACAAAGUCAAACGAUCGAAGAUCAUUAGAAGACACAGAUCCUUCUUCCAAUUUAUCAACUUUCCUUCAAUCAUUAUUUACUGAGAACAAACUCUCCGAUCAAAAUUUCCAAACCCAAUUCAAAAACCUAGUUGACCUUCAUUCAGAUAAUAAACAUCUCAAACCUUCAAGAAAUUUCUUAAAUUGGUUAGCUGAAGAAGUCGAAACUCGUAAAGAAAGCAACAAUAAAUUAAAAAGAGAUUUGGAUCAUAUCGAUGAUGACUUAAAAAAAGAUAUUGAGUUUGAUGAAUUUAUGCUUAGAGUUAGACAUGAAGUUUUUGGGAAUCCUAUGGGAAUGAGGAAAGCUAUAGCUGAUGAACUAUAG